AUGCAGAAGCAGUGCCAUGACAGCGAGCGCACGGCACAUGCGAUCAAAAACCAUCGCAACCAAACACCGACAGAGACGAUCAAGAAGCGCGAAAGCUUUGACGACGCGCUAGCGACAACGAGCGAGUCAACCGGGGCACGCCUGCAGCUCGAGCUCUGCAUCGCGCUUGACCAGUCGCCUGUCGACCUCCCAGUAGGUAACCAGUCCCACUAA